GAGCCGGCGUGCGGCCGGCGGCGCUGGCAGGAUGGGGAACCGGGAGAUGGAGGAGCUGAUCCCGCUGGUGAACCGGCUGCAGGACGCCUUCUCGGCGCUGGGGCAGAGCUGCCUGCUGGAGCUGCCGCAGAUCGCCGUGGUGGGCGGCCAGAGCGCGGGCAAGAGCUCGGUGCUCGAGAACUUCGUGGGCAGGGACUUUCUCCCUCGAGGGUCGGGCAUCGUAACCAGACGGCCUCUUGUGCUGCAGCUUGUUACUUCCAAAGCAGAAUAUGCUGAAUUUCUACAUUGCAAAGGAAAAAAAUUUACAGAUUUUGAUGAAGUUCGUCAUGAGAUUGAAGCAGAAACAGAUCGAGUGACUGGAAUGAAUAAAGGCAUUUCCCCCAUACCCAUUAAUUUACGAGUCUAUUCUCCACAUGUGUUAAACCUCACGCUUAUCGACCUACCUGGAAUUACUAAAGUGCCCGUGGGAGAUCAGCCACCAGAUAUAGAGUAUCAGAUCAGAGAAAUGAUUAUGCAGUUCAUUACGAGGGAGAACUGUCUGAUUUUGGCUGUUACCCCAGCCAACACCGAUCUUGCAAACUCAGAUGCACUGAAGUUAGCUAAAGAAGUCGAUCCUCAAGGGUUGAGAACCAUCGGCGUCAUCACCAAACUGGAUCUUAUGGAUGAAGGAACAGAUGCCAGGGACGUUCUAGAGAAUAAGCUGCUGCCUCUCCGCAGGGGUUAUGUGGGCGUGGUCAACAGAAGCCAGAAGGAUAUAGAUGGGAAGAAGGACAUUAAGGCUGCCAUGUUGGCCGAAAGGAAGUUUUUUCUCUCGCACCCGGCUUACCGACAUAUUGCUGAUCGGAUGGGGACCCCACACCUGCAGAAGGUCCUUAAUCAGCAACUUACCAACCACAUUCGGGACACCCUCCCAAACUUCAGGAACAAACUGCAGGGACAGCUGCUGUCCAUCGAGCAUGAAGUGGAAGCCUACAAGAACUUCAAGCCGGAAGACCCCACCAGGAAGACCAAGGCUUUGCUGCAGAUGGUUCAGCAGUUUGCUGUGGACUUCGAGAAGAGAAUCGAAGGGUCAGGGGACCAAGUAGAUACCCUGGAGCUCUCGGGAGGGGCUAAAAUCAAUCGUAUAUUCCAUGAACGCUUUCCUUUUGAGAUAGUAAAGAUGGAGUUCAACGAGAAGGAGUUGCGAAGAGAAAUAAGCUACGCAAUCAAAAACAUCCAUGGUAUCAGGACAGGGUUGUUUACUCCAGACAUGGCAUUUGAAGCAAUAGUCAAAAAGCAAAUCGUAAAACUGAAAGGACCUUCCUUGAAGAGUGUAGAUCUGGUCAUACAAGAAUUAAUCAACACCGUCAAGAAGUGUACCAAAAAACUGGCCAACUUCCCCAGACUCUGUGAGGAAACAGAAAGGAUCGUUGCCAACCACAUUCGCGAACGAGAAGGGAAGACAAAGGACCAGGUUCUGCUACUGAUCGACAUCCAAGUCUCCUACAUCAAUACCAACCACGAAGAUUUCAUUGGGUUUGCAAAUGCUCAGCAGAGGAGCAGUCAGGUUCACAAGAAAAACACAAUUGGAAAUCAGGGAACCAAUCUUCCGCCUUCAAGGCAAAUUGUGAUUCGCAAGGGCUGGUUAACCAUCAGCAACAUUGGCAUCAUGAAAGGAGGUUCUAAGGGUUACUGGUUCGUCCUUACUGCUGAGAGCUUGUCCUGGUACAAAGACGACGAGGAAAAAGAAAAGAAGUAUAUGCUCCCUUUGGACAACCUGAAAGUUCGAGAUGUGGAAAAGAGCUUUAUGUCUAGCAAGCACAUCUUUGCACUUUUUAAUACAGAACAAAGAAAUGUAUACAAAGACUAUCGCUUCCUUGAGCUGGCCUGUGACUCACAGGAGGACGUAGACAGCUGGAAGGCUUCUCUCCUAAGAGCUGGCGUUUAUCCUGAUAAAUCUUUAACUGAAAGUGACGAGAACGGCCAAGCAGAGAACUUCUCCAUGGACCCGCAGUUGGAGAGACAGGUGGAGACCAUCCGCAACCUCGUGGACUCCUACAUGUCCAUCAUCAACAAAUGCAUCCGAGACCUAAUUCCAAAAACAAUCAUGCACCUUAUGAUCAAUAAUGUUAAAGAUUUCAUAAACUCCGAGCUCCUCGCCCAGCUGUACUCCUCCGAGGACCAGAACACGCUGAUGGAGGAGUCCGCGGAGCAGGCUCAGCGCCGGGACGAGAUGCUUCGCAUGUACCAAGCCCUGAAGGAAGCCCUUGUGAUCAUCGGCGACAUCAACACGGCCACCACGUUCACCCCCGCGCCGCCGCCCGUGGAUGACUCCUGGAUACAGCAUUCCCGCAGGUCCCCCCCUCCGAGCCCCACCACCCAGAGGCGGCCGACGCCCGGCGCUCCUCUCGCCCGGCCUGCAUCCGGCCGGGGGCCUGCGCCCGCCGUGCCCUCCCCCGGACCCCACUCGGGGGCGCCCCCGGUGCCCUUCAGGCCCGGCCCGCUGCCCCCCUUCCCCGGUGGCGGCGGCGGCGGCGAGUGGUUCGGAGGCGCCCCCCCGCAGGUGCCCUCCCGGCCCACGAGGGCCCCGCCCAGCGUCCCCAGCCGGAGACCGCCCCCAUCACCAACUCGUCCCACUAUAAUCCGUCCACUAGAAUCCUCCCUGUUAGACUAAACGAAGUGUCUGGCAAUUAAUUACUAAUGAAUUCUGUGAAGGCAACACACUUGAUCAGUAAAUCAUGAGUAGUCGCGUGUGCGGACAUCAGUAGGCAAGUAACCCGUUUAACUAACGCAUUCAUCACUCCUUGUCGUCGCUCAUGGUGUCUCAGACCUUCGGAGUUUGACUCUGGAAAACCGCUGACCCUUCGAGGCUUUAGAUGUUGUACUGACCAAGGGUAGGUCUGCCUAGCAGCCCUCUAUUUUGAAAGACCGUUUGCCUACCCUGGCAUAUAUUUGAGAUUUGCUUUGGACAAGUUCCUAGGUUACCCACCAGGUAGCCCAUUAAGUGUAAUUCUUGAGAGCUUUGAGACGGUGGGCUUAGACCUAAGCCAUACGUGUAUUUACUUUCCCACAUUCUGUUUUGGCCGAUAGAAAUUAUGUUGUCUAUCAUGAAUGUUUCCUCCUACUCUAAUGACCUAUUUAGAUCCUCUUUCCUUUCUCUUUAUUAAUAGGACUGCUAGGAAGUGAUUUUUUUUUUAUUAGGAUUCCUUAAGAAUAGACUUUUCCAGAAGCACAGGUAGUUUGCAGAGGAAAAGUUAACACGUUGCUUGCUCUAGAGAGCUUCUCCUCAUCCUGAUGUGUUUUGCUUCAUGCUCGAAGCAUAUUCAACAGCGAAUCAAAGCUUAAUUUUCUGGUAGUCGGUCAGAAGAUUUGGCUAGUUAGGUUCAGAGUUCAAGGAAGAAGCAAAAUGUCACAUCUCUAGAAGUGUCUGGAAAUACCUAAUUUCUUUAUUCACAUAUAUAUUCACCUCCCCGUAGGUUACGGUGAAGGCUGACAUGGGAUGUAGACAUGGCUAACUCCACUGUGACACGAACUAUAGUGGACUUAUUUAUGUGGUUGGAGCAAGUUUUUCUCUUUCCCAGCUAUUUGUAAUUCUUGCGUGUAAGAAUUCAUCCUACCUUUAAAGCCGGUUUAACGAACUUUCCAUCGGCCGUUUUUAAAGGGGGCCCUGGAAUGAAACUAAAAGUCGUUUCAUGAGGGAUGCCGUGCUUCAGGUGCAGGAGCUCACGCUCUGCAGCUGUACCUCAGCGUCUCUGCACAGGUCGUUCCAAAAGAUGGCACUAGGACGCUGAGAUCUAUAGCAACCUCACAAGUGCUAACACUGCAAAAAUUUACAAAAUCGGGUUAGCCUGGGGGUUAACAGUUCAGUCCUGAGGCUGAGCUGUAGACGAAGUAGGACCAGGUGAUCAGCAUGUAGGAAACCGCCAGAAGCCGAGUGGAGGGCUGUCUGCUGACUGUUCCCAGACAGCAAGUCCUCACUGAACGGCGGCAUCCCGGGACACGAUUUCAUAUUCCACAGAAGUAAAUCAGGUUUCACCAACUGAAAUGUCUCCCUUUGAAAGCAGCAAACAUGAUUUGUAUGUUCACUCAGCUUUAAUUUCCUGUGUACUUUAUGCCCAAAGCAGACACCCAUAAAGCAUGAAGGAAAAACCUUCAGCCAUUAUUAAAAAGAGAACUUGCCAAGCGGAAUGGCAUUGUUUCGAAGUUAUUCUAAGGGGCUACAGCUACCCCACUUGUAAUAGGCAACCAUCAGAGACUACGAGAUUUACCAAAAAGAACUUUUCAACUCACUGUGGACAAGUGAUUCUGUAAAGACCACCACCCCAAGUCACCAGCCUGAAUCUUCUCUUAUCUUUUUUUUCUCCCUCAUUUGAAAAAAUUCUUAACUCUUUGUGAAUGGAACAGAUGUGCUAAGUACGUUAUGUGUUGUUAAAAACGGUGCUGCAGUGAAACGGAAAUGUGUUACGUAAACGUCCACAGUAAAACAAAAGGACCCACGAGAUCUUUCCAUAAGGCUCCCUCUUUCGGACUCCCUUUGCUUCUUCCUUUGAAUUCUCUAAAACAGGCAGCUAGAGGAUUAUAUACUUCAGGGUUUGGCUCUGUGCUAAACGUGGUUUUGCAUUUUGCUGUAUUUCAAAAAUUUCCUUCUGUCAAAGGAAAAUAUUGUGGAUAACCACUGGUGUGUUCUUAGAUCAGCACAAACCAUGUCAAAGAAAAUUGGAGAUGUUUUUCCAACUUUCUUUCCACUGAUCUUCUGUAGUCGUAAACAAUAGCAUUUGUCGUCUCUGGCUUUUGCUCUUGGAUUCUAAGCCUGCAGUUCCACUGCCCCGCUUGUCUCUGUUUGUAGGCACAUUUUUGUUCUCUUACCUCUUCUCAGUUAUGUCUAAUAGAACCCAGCCUCCCCUGGAAUUCCAGAAGCAUGUUGGAGAAUACUUUGUUUGCCGCAGUACUAGGAUUAGUUUUAAUACCAUUUCGCAAAGGGUUUGCAUCCUGCUAAAAGGAGAUGUCAAGGUGAACGAAGUCAGAAGCUCUAAGAUGUGUGCGAAGUGCGUUGUUCACGCCAGGCCCUAAGGUGGGAAUGUAGCUUCAGGAGCUAAGCGUUUCCUGUACCACCUCUCAUCUUUUGAGUAGCUUCCUCCUAACCGACUGCUCUGAUGCCGUCUACACGACAGAUGUUUAGCUAAAUAAAACCUACGGUAUCUUUAGGAUUUGGAAAAAUUCACCGUGUAUGCCUGUUUGAUAGGUAUGUCACUUCUUGUCACUUGCAUGCUUCUUGACUAAUUGGAAUAACUGUUUACUCAACUGUGGACAGAUUAUUGAAAUAGUAUCAAUUUAGAGCAGAUAUAUUGCAUUUCCAGAAGUCAUCUACCAAGAUUACUCUUCUGAAUGUUGCUUUUAGCUGACUUUUGUAACACAGAAAAGCAGUAGGGCCUGUUUAUUAGCCAAUUGCCUACUUGUUCAGCAACAAACUCGUUCAGUUCCAAAACAUGAUGAUGAAACCAGUUCCUGUGAUAGAACUGUAAGCCUUCUAAACUUAGAAUUUAAAUGUAGUCAUAUAGAUUAAUUCUAUGAUUUUUUAGUAUAGACUGUAGCCAUAAUUCUCAAAUAUGAAAUGGGACCUAAUACCAGUAUGUGAUAAAUGUUGACGUUUCCUGUGUACAAACAUAUUUGCAAUGCAUGUGUCUGUGUAUACAAUAUAUACAUGGGAAAUUCAUUUCUGUAAGUACACGUGUUUGGUGCCCCUUUGGAUAGGUAGGUUUAAAAACCCUUGUUAAAAUGCCACAAGCAUGUGUGAUUGUGCGUGCAUUGUGUAUAUAUGCUACGUGUGGGUGUAUAUAUUUAUGUAUACAUGUGCUUUGUGUGGGGGGGUAUUAAUAUAUUUUUUAAACUGUGUUAAUUCAAGAGCUCACUCUGGAGGGUCUGUUGUAAUACGUAAAAGAGAUUCAUAGAACCGUGAUAACAUAUGUGAGGUCUCCAAAAUUUCUUCCAGGAUAGGCACAAUGCCCAGAAUUACCGUGACAACAUCCACAACAUCCACAGACAUUUGGAUGUAGCUAGGUCCACAGCACUGCUUAUCUAAGGAGAAAUGUCCUUUGCCAAACAUAGCGGAAGAUCAGGAAACCCAUUUCUAAGAACUCUGAUUGGAAUUAUAAAUGAUUCUUGGACUGCUGAGCUGAAUCUUAAAAAGCUUAAAUUGGUCUCCACAGUCAUUUUUUUCCUCCACACUAAAUGUCAAAAUAUAAAGUGGAGGGAUACUGAAAUGUAAUAAAAAGGCGGGCUCUUCUGAGUAAAUUUGCUAAACAUGCAGAGAAGUUGUUACUUAAUACCUCAGUGGUAGGUCAUUCAUCCCUCGUUUCAGGUAAACAUUUCUCAUUUGGCAAACAAGAGAAGUAUUUGAAAUUGACAGUUAUGUCCUUAACAUUGAGAAUACGACCUAAAUAGGAGGUCUCUGUACUGUGGAAUCCAGUCGAAGGAGAGAAGACGUAAGACUCAGGUUGAGUUUUAUGUCUGCUUCACCAAGAGGACGGCUAGCGGUGAGCUCAGUUUAACAUGAAGAAUGCUAGACCACUGCAGGAAAAUACGUGAUCAGUUCACUAGAUCACUCACUUCUUUCUUAAGUUUCCAUGUGUCUCCUAGAUAAUCUUAAGUCCUCCCGUCCAGUUGGUAUGCUUAAAAUCACGUGGUGCUCUGUAUUGUGAAACCUUCAGAGUAUUUUGAAGCAUGUGUAGCAUAUGCAUUGCUAGUUGUGUAUAUGUGCAAGAAUGUGUGUAUGUGUGAGAGCGAGAGAGGAAAACUCAAGGAAGAGUCUCCUGUUCGUCUUAAGAUCCGUUCAUACUGGUAUACCGGUGAGACGUCUCACCUCUCUGGUCUGGGGUUUCACACAUGGCUCAGCUCAAGGCAUUCAUUUCUUCUUAAUUUUUUACCCUCUGAAUUCCUUAAACUUUGCUCAUUGUGUAAUUUUUUCAAAAAAUAUGACAAAAAAUUUACUCUGUUGACCUCUUGCACUGUCUGCUGCCAGUUUGAUUUAAAAAAAAAAAAGAUGAUUCCUCGCAACUAGAAAUUUCACCGUGACUUGUGUUUAAUUUCCUGUGCACAGCCUCCGUGUUGCUAUGCUCAUCUAUGUUUCUUUUUUCUCACUUUUCUGAAUCAAAUUCCCCUUUUGCUUUUUUAUGAAGAAGCCAUGUGUAGAAGCAAAAUCUUACCUUCUCUGUUGAUUCUUUAAUUAAUUUGAGCCAGAAUAUUCUCCACUGUCUUGGCACUUUCAGGAUUUCUUAAUGCUGAUAUAUGGAUGGACUCUGUGAAUGGAAUUUUUGAAGCAAGUUCCUCAAGCCUGUACCAUUCUUGAAGGUCACAUGUACCUAUUGUGAAAAUGUGAAGCUGUAUUUCUGAACCUGAAAUAAAUGGUAACAUUUGAAGGA